AAAAAAAAAAGAAAAAAUAAUAACAAUUUCCGAGGAACAAGGUUAGAGAGGUUUUGCUCUCUGUCUCUCUGGUUCGAAAAAAAAAUCACUUCACAGAGAACAAGGCGAGGGUUUUGUAGAGAGAGAGAAAGCACCGUAAGAGAGAGAAAGUCCGCGAGAGAGUGAGGGAAUUGAGGUUGCUUCUCCGUGUGAAGACUCAGUCGGAGCUAGGGUUUCGAAUUCAUUGACGAAGAUCAUUCUGUGGACAUUGUUCUGAUCCAAUGGGAGAAAAAGCAUCAGGAUGUCACAAGGAUUUCUUUGAUGCUUGGAAACUUGGUAUUUGAGGCAGUAUGACGCUCGAGGAUUUCUUUACGUUGACCGAGAUGAAAGAUGGGCUCACAGUCCCAUCUCGAGUUGAGGAGCUGCUCAAUGUAAUGCAGAAGGAGAAAGAUUGUGUUGUGAAGAAUGUUGGCGAUGCAACCAGGCAGUGGGCUGCUGUUGCAAGCACUAUUGCUGCCACAGAGAAUAAAGAUUGUCUUGAUCUUUUUAUUCAGUUAGAUGGACUUUGGUUUAUUGAUAGAUGGUUGAAGGAUGCUCAAACGUUUGGUAAGGACACAAGUGACAGUUGUGUAGAAGAAUCAAUCACUGCACUGCUACGAGCACUUGAAACGUUGCAUAUAGACAAUGAGAGAUCAAUAUCUUCGGGGAUUUUGAUUACUGUCAAGAAUCUUCUUGGCCACAAUAGCUCUAAGGUUCAGGACAGAGCAAGAAUGUUGUUUGAUAGCUGGAAGCAUGGUAAGGAAUGUGAUUUAAUUCACCAGGAUGUUGAUGAUGGGAGUAGACGGCUUGCUGAAGAGGAUUGUGGGCAAUCUGCUUUAGAUAAUCCUAUUUCCAGAGGAAUCGGUAAUGAAGAGAAUCAUGUGUUAGAAUAUGCCAGAGAUGAAGUGUCACCUUUGAGUAGAUCAGAUGAUCUUCAGCCAGAAAAGAUUGAAGAUGUACAGAUUCCAAAUCAUCAUGAUCAGGCUGGCUCUCAUAUGGUAUCAGGCCCUGAGGACACCAAAGAUGGACCUCCGGACCCUUUGGCCUCCUCUCUUUUGUCAAACCCUUUGCAAGAAAAUCCUUCUAUAAAAGAAGAAUCCCCCUUACGUGCUGCAGAAGGAACCACUUCUACUGGGACUUGUAGUGUUACAGUUACAAAGCAAGGCAGUGAUGAGGUACUUUCAGAUGUUGUCAGGAUGAAUGAGUCAUCUAAAAGUGAAAAGCAGGUACACGAAGCCGGCAAUUCCUCAGACAAGUUAGGUAUGACAGAGGUCUCUUCUGCCUCAGGUGCAUUGGAAUCUGGAACUGCUUGUACUGGUGAUGAAGCUGGAAGCGAGCAGAAGAUUAUGAGGGAACCUGCUUUGCAGGAUAAUGUUGAUGCCAAUGAGAAGCCUGCAUCCGAUUUUAAGAGCAGGUUAGAUGAUAUGAGAGUUAUAAAUCGUUGCAGUGCAAAUGCGUUCAAGACUACUGGUCAAGAUGGUGAAUGUUGUUCUAAUGCUUUGUUGUCUGCCAAUGGGAGUAUAUCAGGAAAACCAGAGGAUUUAGACACUACUUCCAGGAUGGAAGACACUGGAGAAGCUGACGAAGAUAAGGAGCAUACAAGCGAUGAGGGUGAUGAUUUUAUGAAAGCUUCUGAUUUUCCUAAAUCAGCAAUGUAUACCAAAAAUCCUGACGUGAUUGACAAAAGAAGGUCUGAUAUUGAACUUGAGUAUGGCAUGGUUGAUGCUCUAGAAGUUGCUCGGCAAGUUGCUCAAGAAGUAGAGCGAGAAAUGGUGGAUUGUAGAGAACCAUUCUUCAGCUCAUCUUCAGAGAAAAUAUCUGAGGGUGGAAUCAGGCAGCCAGGUAGCCCAGACUCUAUAAAUGGAAAGCAGGACCAACCUACCGAUGUUCCACAAGAGGAGGUGCCAACUGGACAAAGUCAAUCUGCUGAGACAAAUCCUGAGGGGGAGGGAGGCUCAAUUAAUUCAGAUAAUCUGGACAAUGAACCAGAAAAUAGCGCACAUGAUAUGGAGUCCUCUCAGGUGACUGAAGCGGCUCAAGAACCAGAGGUUAACAUAGAGAAAGGCCCUUGUGAUUUUGAUCUAAAUCAAGAGGUCUGCUCUGACGAAAUGGAUUGUCCAAUGAACCCCUUGACACCCGUCUCUUUUGUUUCUGCUUCAAGGCCAGCAGCAGCUCCUGGAUUGCCUGUAGCCCCUUUGCAGUUUGAGGGGAGUCUUGGAUGGAAAGGAUGUGCUGCUACUAGCGCCUUCCGCCCAGCAUCUCCACGUAGGAUUCCCGAUGGUGAUAAGACUCUUUCCAUUCGGGGAACCCGUGAUAGUUCAAAGCAGAGGCACCAUUGCCUUGACAUUGAUUUGAAUGUCGCUGAGGGUGGAGAUGAGUUGGGAAAACAAAUUCCUGUGUCAUCUGGCCUUCCUUCCGGUGAAUCUUCAGUUGAAGUGAGCCCAAUGAGAUCAGGGAGGUUCAAGUUGGACUUGAACUGUCUUGGUGAUGAUGGUGAUCCUCCAAUCUUGGAUUCGAGGAUGGGAGAACAGCUCUCUAACAACAGGAAUAGCCAUCGCAGCCCAUCUCCUGCCUCUUCAUCAUCAUCAAUGCAGCCUUCUUUGUGGAACAUUGAUUUGAAUGACAGACCAUAUAUUCAGAACGAUGCUUUGGAUCACGGGCCUAUUAGGCCUUCCCAAUUUGGGAAUGUAUAUGGAGGACGGAAACCAGAUGCUCCUGUUAUUUCUAUCAUGGGCACCAGAGUGGAAGUCAAUAGAAAAGAUUUUCUUGCUCAAACUCCAUCCUUGCCAAACGGCAAGUCUGUGGAGCCUGCAGUGGAUGCUAGCAUGACAAGAGUAGGGGGUGUUUUAGGGAUGGGUCCCACAAUGUCUUAUACUCAUUCUCCUGUUUUUGGGUACAAUGGACUCACAACGGGGCCCACCAUGUCUUUCUCCUCGGCCAUGUAUGGACCUGCGGGCUCAAUCCCGUAUAUGGUGGAUUCUCGAGGAGCCCCCGUUUUGCCGCAGAUUGUGGGUUCUGCACCAGCUGUUCCGCCUUCCUACCCACAGUCGCCUUUCAUCAUGAGCAUUGGUGGUGUACAGCAAGGUCUAAAUAGUGUAGGGCCGUCUCGCCCAAAUUUUGAUCUGAACUCCGGAUUCAUGAUGGAGGGAGGGAAUAGAGACUUGGGGGGUUCGAGACAGCUUUUCAUUCCUGGUCAAGGUAGGUCUAUGGAGGAGCAUUUGAGGACCAACUUACAACCCUCUUCAAGCUCCGGGGUUGGUGGGAAAAGAAAGGAACCGGAUAGUGGAUGGGAACCCUAUGCGUUUAACUACAAACACCAGCAGCCACCGUGGAAAUAGAAGCGUUUUAUUUAUCUUAAGCUCCUUCCUUUCUUUGGAUCAGUUCCAAUAGGUCCAGCCAAGCAAAUUGAUGCUUCCGAUGCCUAAAAUGAAUCAGAAUAGUUGGUGAGCCAUUGGCCUUAAUUAGUGGGGAGGGGAAUUAGAACUGAAUAAAGCUGGGGGAGUUUUGAAUGUAAUAUGAUUCUUGCAAUUAAUUGCUGAAGGGAAAAAUUAGGUUUAUUAUUUAACUUUGAUUUAGUUUCUUAUGUCCUUUUUCUGUGUUUCAUAAUAGACGGCCAUUGCAAUCAUAGAAAGCUUGGUCCAUUUAGCUGUAAUUUCUCUUAUAUCACAGAAAUUUAUAGGAACUGGCCUCUUUUUACAUAGUUUUAUCAUUUAUGGUGCUUUAUAUUAAA